AUGGCGACUACCACCGGCUUCCAGCCUAAGCCCGAGGUGGGCGACAUCCUUGUGGUUAUCCAUGACUUCAUUGCCAGAAGCUCAGAUGAGCUAAGUUUGGCCAAGGGCGAUCGAGUUGAAUUGAUUGAACGUGAUGAUGAAUUUGGCGACGGUUGGUUCUUGGGGCGUCACAUGGUCAACGGCAACAGUGGAUUAUUCCCUGAAGUCUACACUCGACCAUCCCCAAAAGGCGUUUCUCCCGUGACAACGACGGCCAAAUCCGCGCUAUCGCCUGCGACUGCGCCUGUUCUGCAAGCAAGCACCAACGGCAUUUCGACAGCAACCAAUCAAAUACAGUCAACAACAGCAUCUGGCGACGGUCGGCCAGGAACCUCAAACACGACAACCUCUUCGAAGGCCGAGUCUACACCUAUAUUGCCUCUAAACGCAACAAAAGCGGAUAACAGCCCAAUUAUUGCAGCGGCACCGCUGGUCAGCAAGACGCCUACCGGCCCCCCCUCCUUCAAUGGCACGGGCAGCUCCCAUAAUGAUAGCGCAAUGCUACAUGAAACAUUGACGGUGAUCGAUGAACACAUGAAUGAUCUACAUUCUACGCCUAGCACUGGAGCUCUUCACCAUGCAACCGAUUCGAGCAGCGAGUAUAGUGCGCCGCUACAUGACCGGCUGUCCUAUAUUCAAGGCGAGGAGACCGACGAGGAGGAGGAGGAGCUUCAUUCGAGGGCUCAAGUUGAGGCAUGGACUGCCGAUGAUGUGGCGGAAUACCUCUUCACAUCCGGAGUAGAGAAGAAGCAUUGCGAAGUGUUCAGAGACCAGGAGAUAUCGGGUGAAGUGCUCCUGGGCAUGGACCAGUCCUCACUAUUUCUCAAGGCCUUUGAUCUCGGCUCUGUGGGCCGACGACUUAAGACGUGGCAAAAGAUCAAAUCGCUCCAAGAUGAGGUGAAUGGCUUGGCCCCAACGCAACGAACAACUCAGAACUAUGGCAGCGAAGCAGGAAGCGAUAUCAGGGUGCGAAGCAGAGCGAAUACCUUGACCAAUUCCCAAAUGAUGCCACCCAUUACAACUCGAUCCAGUUCUGCUGCAGGAAGACGACUUUCACAAACGACGCCCAAGAUGGAUCCCGUCUCUCCCAUGACCCCGGUUUCACCCAAUGGUAUGAGCCUCAAUGACAGCCCAACGCGCCCAAGUCAUUUGAAACGUCCUUCUGCUGCUUCAAUACGCGAUCUGCACCAUUCGCGGAGGCAUUCGUCCACUGUUGACAAUCGAUUUACAGGCACUACUCUGGUAAACAGCACUCCUAAGAUGAGCGCAACAGGGUUUCCGCCGCCUCAAGUUGGAGCUGGUGUGGCUCAUAAAAAGCAGCCCUCCUUUGAUCGGAAUUGGACUAUGGGCAGUGCAAAUGGCUCAUUCUCGCAGCGCCCCCUCUCCGCCUCUGGCUUCCAGGGUUUGAAUAUCACAGCCGAGAGAGAUGGUGACCAGUCUGCAUCUGACGUUGAUCGCGGCUACUUCUCAGGCACCGAAAUCGAUAAUGGACGGAAACGAAACACGCUUAAGAAGCGUGACACAAUCUCUGGGCACUCGGCUAAAAGUAGCUACGCCGAUGAGCAACGCAUGCGAAGCGGGACUGCCUUGGCCAGGCAUUCUCGGUUCGGCAGUAUGGACUCUGUGUCCGGGGGUGCUGCCGCCAAGUACUUUGGCGUAUCCAAUCCUCAUCGCAGAACGGCUUCGACAGCCACCACUGAAUCCGUUCGACCAGUACCACCUAGCAAGGACUACCCGUCGCCGACUGUGACAAAACUAGACGCACUCACUGGUGGUACCAACUCUCCAGCUUCUCCCAGCAUCAAAGGAUCUGAAUGGCAAGCCAAGGCAGCUAAAAUGUCUGGUUUUAGUGGGUUAAGGGCCAUAUCGGACGCCGUCACUGGCAAUGAACGUGCCAAGUUUGCUCCACCGGGAAGUGCUGGUUCGUUCAAAGAAUCACCCAUGCAGUCGCCAUCCACGAGAACAGGAUCUAGUACACCCUCAGGGGGUCCCAGCCUCGACCUUGACUCGCCCGACACGGCCAAGGCAACAGCGCUAGCCAAUCAAGCAGCACGGAAGCCGCAGAAGAAGGACAAGAAGGAGACAAGCGCCUACAUGCGUGGGCUAGCAAAGAUUGGACCCAAAGAAGCCAUCAAGGAUGCCGAUUUCCAUGGUUGGUUGAGAAAGAGAAAUGCCAAUAUCAUGUCAACCUGGAAGCCAAGAUUCUUUGUCCUUCGAGGACGCCGACUGGCUUACUAUUACUCAGAGGAUGACACUGAGGAGAAAGGCAUCAUUGAUAUCUCCUUUCAUAGGGUCUUGCCUGCCAACGAUGAGAAGCUCACUGGACUCCAUGCAACUUUGACGGGAGCUAGUAAUAUCCCGAUUGCGGCAUCAGACAGCACCCUUCCAACAGCAGGCAACAAUGACGAUCUCCAGAAAGGCGACGAUUCCAUGUUCAUCUUCAAAUUACAACCUCCUCGCGCCGGCCUUUCAAAAGCUGUCACUUUCACCAAACCAGUUGUUCAUUACUUUGCAGUGCCCAACUUGCAGCAAGGCAGAGCGUGGAUGGCGGCUCUCAUGAAAGCUACUAUUGAUCGCGAUGACACCGUACCGAUGACGUCCACUUAUCAAGCAAAGACGAUAUCUCUAGCUAAGGCCCGACAACAACGUCAGAGACCACCUGCUCUUAUGACAGCCGAAGAAAGGGCGGCAGCUGGACUCAAGGAGGGCGGAGGCGAUGAGAAGAAGAAUGGACUGGGCAUAUCUUUCGGUGAAGUCGACAGCGCAGUCUCUGGGCUAGAGAAAAUGGGACUGCAGAGUCUUGAGAGCUCUUCUGCACGGCCAUCGACUUUUGAUGCGGAAAAGAGUGGCGGCAGCCUAUCGUUCCUGUCAUCUCCGCAGAGCGCAUAG